AUGGGGUUUGCAUGCCAGCUGCUGGGUAAGUUUGACAUGCAAGAUAUGUUUAAAGAAGGAGAUAUUAUGAUAGGUGGAAUUUUCCCUAUAUUUAACAAGCAGGAGAAUAUUGUUGCUUCAUUUACAAAGAAACCACCUAAAGUGGAAUGUACAGGAUUUGACCUGCGAGCCUUUCGCUGGACCAGAACGAUGAUGUUUGCGAUAGAGGAAAUCAAUCGAGACGAUAAUCUGCUUCCUAACAUCACUUUAGGCUAUAAAAUUUUAGACUCUUGUGCCUCUCCUACUAAUGUUUUGCGAGCUGCCCUCACUUUGGUGAGCAUGUCAGAGAAAAAUGAAUCCUCCUCUCAGUGUUAUCCACCUCCCCUAUCAGCCAUUGUAGCUGAAUCAGGAUCUACCCAGUCAUUAGUAGUGGCUGGGGCAUUUGGACCUUUCAGAGUACCAGUGGUGAGUUACUUUUCAACAUGUGAAUGUUUAAGUGACAAAAAUAAAUAUCCCACAUUUUUCCGAACAAUACCAAGUGACUAUUACCAGGCAAAGGCUUUGGCGUUCCUUGUUAAACGGUUUGAAUGGACAUGGAUUGGAGUUUUACAGUCCGACAACGAUUAUGGACGAAACGGAAUAUCAGCGUUCACGAAAGAAGUGCAGGAACUCGGUGUUUGCAUUUCAUUUGUUGGCACGAUUCUGCGGACAUACCCCCAAAGUAAAAUCCUCGAAGUGGUUGAAAUAAUAAAACAAUCAACAGUCAAAGUGAUUCUCGCGUUCGUGCCAGAAGGCGAUUUGUAUCCUUUAAUGAAAGAAGUGGUAAAACAAAACAUAACAGGAAUACAGUGGAUUGGAAGUGAAGCCUGGGUAACUGCAGACAGACCAUCUACUCCAGAAAUGUUCAAAUAUUUUGGAGGAACAAUAGGAUUUGUGGUUCGAAAGAUGGCCAUACCGAAACUAGGGCCAGUUCUCAGGGAGAUCAACCCUUAUAAUAAAUCAGAAUCGAGUUUCGUCACUGAUUUCUGGGAAACUAUUGUAGGCUGCAGGCCUCCAUCAUCAGUAAAUGACGUACUUAAUGGCACAAAAACAUGCACGGGAGCAGAAACGGUGGAUUACACAAACAAAUUUUUUGAUGUCACACAACUCAGGGAGACAUAUAAUGUUUACCAAGCAGUGUAUGCAAUUGCACAUGCAUUACACCAGGUGAUGUUUUGUGAAAAUCCUGAGACCAAUGUUUCAAAACAGUGUCGUUCUGUGUUAGAAAUAAUCCCAAAUAUGGUAAGUGAACAGUUAAAAAAGGUACAUUUUGUGGAUGCAUUUGGAGAAGAUGUGUUCUUUGACCAAAAUGGAGACCCACCCGCCUCAUAUGAAGUUAUAAACUGGCAGCUAAGAGACGGCCAAGUGCAGCAUAUUGGAGUUGGCUAUUUCAGCACAUCUGCAGAAGGAAAAUAUGAACUUGUGAUUAAUGAAGACAGGAUUGUCUGGAGAACAGGAAAUUUGACACCAAAAGCUGUUUGCUCAGAAGUCUGUCCGCAAGGCACAAGAAAAGCACAAAUUAAAGGAAAGCCUAUGUGCUGCUUUGACUGUAUCCCAUGCACCGAUGGCUCGAUAUCAAACACAACAGGAGCAGCAGAUUGCAUCACCUGCCCUGAAGAGUACUGGUCGAAUGAAAGAAAAGACACCUGCGUCAUGAAAAUCACAGAGUUUCUUUCAUACACAGAAACAAUGGGCAUUGUUUUAAUAACUGUGUCAUUAUUUGGUGCUUGUCUUGCAUUUUCCACUAUGUUGGUUUUUAUAUACUUUAGAAACACACCAAUAGUAAAAGCAAAUAAUUCAGAACUGAGUUUACUUUUACUUCUUUCUCUUAUAUUUUGCUUCCUCUGUCCUCUCACAUUUAUUGGUGAGCUGACAGUCUGGUCCUGCAUGUUGCGUCACACAGCAUUUGGUAUUGCUUUUGCCCUCUGCAUUUCCUGUAUGUUGGGUAAAACUAUUGUUGUGGUAACUGCCUUUAGAGCAACUUUACCUGGAAAUAAUGUGGCAGGAAAGUUUGGCCCAACUCAGCAAAGAGCCAUUGUGUGUUCAUGCACUGCAGUUCAAAUCGUAAUUUGUGUUAUUUGGCUAAAUGUUGCACCACCAUUUCCUGACAAAGUCUUUGAACAACAUAGUAAAAAAAUAAUUUUAGAGUGUAACACAGGCUCAGAUGCUGCCUUUUAUGCUGUUCUAGGUUACAUUGGAUUUCUUGCUCUUAUUUGUUUGGUUCUGGCAUUUUUAGCCAGAAAGCUACCUGAUAAUUUCAAUGAAGCCAAAUUCAUCACAUUUAGCAUGCUAAUAUUUUGUGCAGUUUGGAUCACAUUUAUUCCAGCUUAUGUCAGCUCUCCUGGGAAGUAUACAGUAGCUGUAGAAAUAUUCGCAAUUUUGUCUUCAGCUUUUGGCCUGUUGUUAUGCAUUUUUGCACCAAAGUGUUACAUCAUUUUAAUUAAACCGGAAAGAAACACAAGAAAACAUGUAAUGGGAAAGAAUCCAAAUAAAUAA